CUUGGUGCGAGGCGGGGGCGCGGGACCUCGCUCCGGCCGCGGAGCGGCUAUGGGCCCGCGGGGCCCUGGGCGCCGUGCCGCACGAGCACCGGCUGAGAGCUAGGACUGGAGCCGCAAGAUGGCGGAGCAGGACCGUGGGGGCAUCAGCCCCCUCCAGCAGAUGGUGGCCUCGGGCGCUGGGGCUGUGGUCACCUCCCUCUUCAUGACACCCCUGGACGUGGUGAAGGUCCGCCUGCAGUCCCAGCGCCCAUCGGGGGCCAGUGGGCUGACACACCCCUCCAGGCUCUGGAGCCUCUCCUACGCCAACUGGAAGUGCCUGCUGUACUGCAGUGGUGUCCUGGAGCCCCUGUACUUGUGCCCGAACAGUGCCCGCUGUGCCAGCUGGUUUCAGGACCCCACCCGCUUCACUGGCACCAUGGACGCCUUUGUGAAGAUUGUGAGGCACGAGGGCACCAGGACGCUGUGGAGCGGCCUCCCUGCCACCCUGGUGAUGACCGUGCCAGCUACCGCCGUCUACUUCACUGCCUACGACCAGCUCAAGGCCUUCCUGUGUGCUCGAGCCCUGACCUCUGACCUCUACGCGCCCAUGGUGGCUGGCGCACUGGCCCGCCUGGGCACCGUGACCGUGGUCAGCCCCCUGGAGCUGGUGCGGACGAAGCUGCAGGCUCGGCACGUGUCGUACCGGGAGCUGGGCGCCUGUGUUCGGGCUGCAGUGGCCCAGGGUGGCUGGCGCUCGCUGUGGCUGGGCUGGGGCCCCACAGCCCUUCGAGACGUGCCCUUCUCAGCCCUGUACUGGUUCAACUAUGAGCUGGUGAAGAGCUGGCUGAACGGGCGGAGACCGAAGGACCAGACGCCGGUGGGCAUCAGCUUCGUGGCUGGCGGCAUCUCGGGGAUGGUGGCUGCCACCCUGACCCUGCCCUUCGACGUGGUGAAGACUCAGCGCCAGGUGGCUCUGGGAGCCAUGGAGGCCGUGCGAGUGUCACCCCCGCACACCGCCUCCACGUGGCUGCUGCUGCGGAGGAUCCGGGCUGAGUCAGGCACCAGGGGCCUCUUCGCAGGCUUCCUGCCCAGGAUCAUCAAGGCUGCUCCCUCCUGUGCCAUCAUGAUCAGCACUUACGAGUUUGGCAAAAGCUUCUUCCAGAGGCUCAACCAAGACCGGCCUCUGUGCCCCUGAGAGGGGCGAGGAUCCCAGCGUCUCCGCCCCGCGUGGUGGGGGCAGGAAGGGGCUGAGCCAAGUGCCUUUUCCGCAGCACCCAGGGGCAGGGCCCUGCUUCCCCUCCCUCCCCGCCCCCAGCCCCAGGCGGGCUGCCCCCCUGGGCCUCCAGGUCUUUCUCAGUCACAGCUGCUCCCAUCCCCAAGGAUCAUCACUUGCCUACCCCCCAAGUUCAAGACCAAAUCUGCCUCCUGCCCCCAUCCCCACCCCCACCCUGCAUUUCCCUUUGUGUUUGUUAGCUGGGCUGCCUCCAGGAGCCAAGAAACCCUGGCUUGGCUCAGACCCCCUCCCCUGUGAGUUUCUGAAGUCUAAAGAUAAUGAACUUCC